GGAAUAAUGCCCAAGAUCAUCCUUAAUUAAGAAAUACUACAUUUUUAUCAAAAAAACUACCGUCAUAACCUCCCUCGAGCAUAUUCUCAAGGGUCCAAGAGGGGAGUCUUGCAACGAUGAGAAGGAGGCCUUUCUUCAAGUGCCCGGGCAUGAGGGUACUUUCUAUUUUAGAGUUGGUCGUCCAUGCUUUCUGUAUCGCUCUCUGUGCGAUAGCAAGCGGUUUUGCGGCUCGUUCCAUCUAUGUCACAGAAUUCCUUUUUGACGACAUUCUCGACUUCACGCCUCUCGUUCUCGCUCUUAGCGAUGUCACUAUCCUCUUACUCGCCGCUAACAUACUCUUUACAAUAUUUCGGAGGCAACCUUUCCUCUCCAGGAUAUCCGUCGAGUUAAUCUGGAGUGGCCUGUUGUGGAGUACAUGGUUUGGGACCGCAGGAUAUGUAACAUGGGCGAACACAUGUCCCUGGGCUAUAUUCAAGGAGGGUAUGGUUUGCCAGAUCCACCCCAUCCUAACUAUCGUGUCGUUCUUGGUGGGCCUACUUCUGUUCAUGCAUUGGAUAACCUUGCUCGUUAUAGGACACCAACUUAGCGAAGGAGGGCAACGUACAUGGAGUAUGUCUCUAAAAGAGUUGGCUUUGCGAGUGCCAAUAGCAGAAUCUCGACCUCUCCAAGUAUCUGAAGAACCCAAGUUUGAAUACGAUCAACCAAAUCCAACUGCGCUUCCUCUUUCUCUCCCUCCGGCAUAUCGCAACUUUUCCAUCUCCAUUGCUCCCCCAUCACUGACAGCGUCCACGGAACAAUUCCCCUCUCCAAUAUAUUCCCUUCAUUCGUAUUCGUCUGCUUCACCACAGUUCGGUGGUGUGUCGUAUCCUGCGCCCGUUCAUGAUGGUGGUGGAUGGGACGGUUUGCAACCCCUUUCAGAGUUACCUGAUGGAUACGAAGUUCCCGUUCAUGUUCAUGUUCUCCAUCCACAUGAACGAGAUGAAGGGGAGUUGGAGUCACAACAAUCAAGUCCAACGGAAAACUCUUCAAGAGAUCUGAUCAAUCAGAGUACUCGUGAACUAGCAACCCACCACGACGCACUGGAAAUGAACAAUGGAAAUGGACCAUCGUUUAUACGGCAGGCUUAGCAAAGCCCCCCCAUAACUAUGUAGCGACCCUACGCUGAACAUUCUACAUAGAAUGGAGGCUGUUAUUUAUCCUCCGGAUUCCAAAUAUUCCAUCUAACUGAUAAACUUAACUGUUUCUCUGCUGCUCUGUAUUACUUGUAUCAUGCACCUGAGUGUCUGCACAGUCCUUAUCCAUGAUAACUACUGUUCUCUUCCUUGAG